AAACAAAACAAAUACAUUCCAGAUUAGAAUUAUUCGAUUUUUAUCAGAAAUAAUCGAUGGGCCAUCGAGAUUUCUGCUGCGAUGGCUGUCAAACACAUAAUCUCCAUGGACGACGAUUUCACUGUUUGCGCUGCGUGAACUAUGACCUGUGCCUUGAGUGCUACGACCAUAAUGUGGAGACACUGAAUCAUCGCUUCGAGCAUCCCAUGCAGCUCCUCCACGACCAUCAGCUGGCCGAUCUAUUGCCCAAUGGCGAACUGCUUGAGCUGAUGCACUUGCCCAAUUGCUAUACGUGCCCCUACUGCGGCAUCUUUGGCCAUACGGCCAAGGAGCUGAUCGAUCAUGUGAUAACCAUGCAUCGCCAGGACGAUGGACAUGUCGUCUGUCCCAUGUGCGCCGGCCUGCCCGGCAUUCAGCUGGUCGCCAUACGCAAUCUGGCCCGCCACCUGCUCCUCAAUCACAUUGAGCAUGCGAAUCUACUCGAUCCCCAUACGCCGCCGCUGCGGCACGCGUUGGCGCGACUCGUCCGGCGCUGUCGACGCCAACAGCCCCUUCCUCCACCAUCGUCAUCGAGUGACGCGUAUCAGAUGGGCAACUUGGCAACACACAACAGCAGCCGCAUCGCGGCCAACCAUAUAACCUAUCAGCUGUCCGAGUUGCGGCGCCUGCGUCCAGAGCCGAACAGUUAUCCGGAGGCGGAUCCACGCUUACGGCCGACCACCACGCUGGCUAUCACCAGUGGCGAUGCUGAAGCUGACCCAGAAGCGUCUCAGUUAGCUGUUGAGAGCUCGGAUGCGGAUCGCUAUCUAUUGCAGCAGUGGAUGAUGGAGCAGCAUGCGAAACUGGAGCAAGCUGAUCCGCGGAACAAUAGGCAACGACAGCAGCAUGCCCUCUUCGUCGAGCACCUGCUGCUCUCCAUGUUGUGCGAGGAGCAUCUGCAGCUGCCUGCCGAACCCAAAAUCUCAUUAGCGGAGCUGCACGAGUCAAGAGAUACUCCACUCGAUGGAAGGCAAGAGGAUGUGAUCUCCCUCUUGUCCUGCAAGUGUAUACCUUCGCAAAUAAUGAUGCUUAUGUCGCUGCCAUGGAUUAGGCCCUGGUCAACCCAGAGCAAAAAGCGCUACAUUGAGAUGCAGGGCGUCACACUGGAUGAGAGCGAAGUGACUGCUGGCGAAAAGCAGCAGGAUAUCGAUUAAGUCACUGUCAGAACCACAUCUAAUGCAUAUCAUUCCCUAAAUGCAUUCCUUUAAAUAGUUAAGCGUAGUUUUACAAAAUAUGCAUAUAAAAAUUGAAUUGUGGAAAUUUCCAAGUCUUAUUUCCUAUUGCCUGCUUUACUUGAUACUGAAUACAUUUGGGCCUUAUAAAUCUCUGAUUUUACAUUCCAAAUUCGAAAUUAACAUUUCCUCAAUAAAUUAUUUUGUCAAUUUU